AGCAUGUUUGGGAAACAGAGCAAACAGUGGCAACUAUUCGUGACAUCAACGCUGCGUGAAGCAUCAAAAUUUGAUACUAAAAAUAUUUGAGAAAAAUUAUACAUCAUGUCGAUGACGGACUCCUUGACAGACCUUGCCCUCGACAAUCCCAUGGUGCAAGCGGUCAUGUCGUACGCAUCGGAACUACUGCGCGCCAUUGGGAAGCCUCCGGAACUGAAGGAGGUGAUUCCAAGGGAGAUACAGACGCUGGGCUCGGUCGUUUCCAAAUACGUGAUGCCGGAGGUCACGCUCAACAGCCUGGUCGGCAGUAAUUACAACUUUAUCCGUUUGGCCGGCUUGAGCGGCACAUCGGCCAUUUUAAUAGGCGCCUACUGCAGCUACGCACUGAGGGAUAUCAAGGAUCCGUUGGACCAGAUGCGACUGGAGUCCUAUGCUGAUGGGGCCAGUCGCAUGCACUUUUUGCACGCGUUCGCAAUGAUGGCCAUGCCACUGGCCCACUAUCCCGUGCUAACGGGAACACUGAUGACCACAGGGACACUGAUCUACAGCGGCUCCUUGUACUAUUGCGCCCUGGCGCAUAAAAAAGGAAUCCGCAUUUAUCCCACCAUUGGAGGGCUCUUCCUGACAGUGGCCUGGAUGACGCUGGUCAUGUAGGACACACAACACAAAUUCAAAUAAGAAAUUACAUGAAGCAGACAGAGCGGUACCAGCUAUAAGACGAUUUCUUUGAAGGAGUGCUGCCUGUGAGCACAAACCACAAUACAUACGCUCCAGCACUUCCAUUGCCUCACUUUCAACACUAAACAUAAUGGGUUGGCAGCACAAUUCGCUCACUGACUCCGGCUGGCUGCUAUGGCGCACUUAAAUUCGAAUUCGAAUUCGAGUUCGAAUUUAAAUUCAAAUUUGAAAUGUGCUUAUCCUUAUAUCUUUUAAUGCAAUAAAUGUUCCUGCUACAUUGCAA